CGGGACCUCCAACCCUCCCCCUUCGUCCUCCAGCUCUCCCCGCCCCUGUGCUGGCGCACAGAGGGGACCUGGGACUCGGCCGAGGUAAUCCAGUCACGACUCAACGAGCAGGAGGCUCGGGAGGAAUACUACGUACACUAUGCCGGAUUCAACAGGCGCCUGGAUGAGUGGGUAGAUAAGAACCGGCUGGCCCUCACCAAGACCGUCAAAGAUGCGGUGCAGAAAAACACAGACCAGUACAUGAACGAGCUGUCAGAGCAACCCGAGCGUAAGAUCACCCGCAACCAGAAGCGCAAACAUGACGAGAUCAACCAUGUUCAGAAGACCUACGCAGAGAUGGAUCCCACCACAGCUGCCCUGGAGAAGGAGCAUGAGGCGAUCACCAAGGUGAAAUACGUAGAUAAGAUCCACAUCGGCCACUAUGAGAUCGACGCCUGGUAUUUCUCACCCUUUCCAGAGGAUUAUGGGAAGCAGCCCAAACUCUGGAUCUGCGAGUACUGCCUGAAAUACAUGAAGUUCGAGAAGAGCUACAGGUUCCACCUAGGCCAGUGCCAGUGGAGACAGCCCCCAGGGAAGGAGAUCUACAGGAAGAACAACAUCUCUGUCUAUGAAGUGGACGGCAAAGAUCACAAGAUUUACUGCCAGAACCUGUGUCUCCUGGCCAAGCUCUUCCUAGACCACAAGACCCUCUACUUUGAUGUUGAGCCCUUUGUUUUCUACAUCCUCACCGAGGUCGACAGGCAGGGUGCCCACAUCGUCGGCUACUUCUCCAAGGAGAAGGAGUCUCCAGAUGGGAACAACGUGGCCUGUAUCCUCACCCUGCCCCCCUACCAAAGACGGGGCUAUGGGAAGUUUCUCAUCGCUUUCAGCUAUGAGCUGUCUAAGCUGGAAAGCACGGUGGGCUCCCCAGAGAAGCCCCUCUCGGACCUGGGCAAGCUGAGCUACCGGAGCUACUGGUCCUGGGUGCUGCUGGAGAUCCUGCGGGACUUCCGAGGGACCCUGUCCAUUAAAGACCUCAGCCAGAUGACCAGCAUCACUCAGAACGACAUCAUCAGCACGCUGCAGUCCCUCAACAUGGUGAAGUAUUGGAAGGGGCAGCACGUCAUCUGUGUCACGCCCAAGCUGGUGGAGGAGCAUCUGAAGAGCGCCCAGUACAAGAAGCCUCCCAUCACAGUGGAUUCCAUCUGUCUCAAGUGGGCACCCCCCAAACACAAGCAGGCCAAGAUCUCCAAGAAGUGAAGGAACGGUGGGAUACAGGACUCCAAAUGACCCCUCAGUUGCAUGAGGAUGUGGGCUGCACCCUGCCUGACCAUAGAGCACCAGAGCAAACGUCCAGCUGGGAGGACUGGGCGACCCAGCCGGCUGUGUGUCGUUCAUUAGGCCAGCGCCGAUUCAGCAGGGCUGGUGUCCUGUCGCAUCUCAUUCCCCUUGAGCGUUGCACGGCAGAAUAGGCCCAUAGCCGAGUUUUGCCCUCCCUAACAGCACUAGAAAAGGGGGUUCCCCACACCACUGCCAGGGUCUGCUGCCCAGCUAGUCAGUUGCGUGCUGCACGCCGGUCAAUAUCACCUUGGUGGGCUGGCUAAUUUGUCGGGGGGUGCAGGCUGCUUCAGAGGCUAUGGUGGGCAGCAGCAGCUGAGUUUGGGGCAGGAGGAGUUACUGAGCUGGCAGGAAAGGGGGGAGAGAUGCCCGUGGGUGCUAAUGGGUUAACAUGACAGCAUGGCAUCGGGUGUUCUCUGCUGGGCAAACACUCCUUGUCCAGCUGAUCCCCAUGGCUGGCAAUAUGGGGAAGCGGCACUGGGGGAAGGUCCUGGGAUAGCUGCGCAGGGAGACUGGAUCCGUCACGCAUGCCAUGGAACAGGCCAGAGGCAGUGAGAUUCCCUUCUAACCUACAAUCAGCUCUGGCUCUGUGCACCUCCUUCCCUGAGCUGGGGUCUCUGCGCGGGGGGCAGAACACCGUAGCCCGGACUUACCACCCCACACACACGUCACCGACAUGCCCCAGCUGCUGCAGGUAGAGCCCAUUCUGGCCAUGACGAUGCCCCUUCUGCUGGGCCUCCUUCAUGUGGGCGUCUCCCCACUAGGAUCUCAGCUGGGUCCCCUCUGGAACCUUUCACGCCCCGGCUGCCACCCUGCUGCUGGGGUUCUUCCCCCCUGACCUGCCCCCCUUUGGCCUGCACUCCUUAGGCCAGGAUUCCCCUCACCAUCCAGGGCUCCCCAUGCCCUGUCCCAGUUCUCUUUUCCCACCUCCACUGCUGGGAUCCCUCCCUGAUCUCCUAUUCCAGACAUCCUGGCCUCCCCGCAAGGGACUGGAGGAAAAGCAGGGACGUGGGGAUGUCUGCUGAGUUUGGCUGGUCUCAAUUCCGCAGCCAAGCGCUGCAUGGGGCAGAGGUGUGUGGGUCUCCCCCAGGGCCGAAGGCGUGGGGCGCCCUGGGCCAGGGAUACACAGCAGAUACUGUCUCAGGGCUCUUCCCUCAGCACCGCUCUCACGCUCCUCCAAUCCCUAGGCUGGCUCCACCAGCUGGAGGUGCAAGUAAGCGUUGUUGCCGAGGGGGCUGGAGCGUGGGGGAAGGGUUGGUGCAGACAGCCCCCAAGCCAGUCCUCAUGGCUUCCUUGCACUCCUGCUCGCUGCCUACAGGUGUAUUUUUUCUGUUUUAAGAAGCGUGUAUUUUUCAUAAAUAAAAAGGAAAA